UUAUGUAAAAUGAAAUUCAGUAGUGAACUAUUUAACUGGAGUUUGACAUUUAUGAGGCGCAUUGGCUACUUUGAUCAGCCUCGUCUCGUGUUGCUUUACCUCCUAUCGCCGAUAAGUUUAAGUCUCAUGGCAUAUUAUCGCACUUACGUCAUUCGGAAUGAUUUCGAUGAAGUUAUUGUUAAUUUAUUUAAAAUAUCUGGUUCCACCAUGACCAUAGGUCGCGCCUUUAUUGUGAUGUGCAAGUCAAAGAAGUUCUUGAACUUUUUCGAAAGUGUUGAUGAGUGGUACCAAGAGCUGCAUGUGCGUUUUGCAGGCGGAUCAAGCCUUUUUUUAUUCAUCUAUUACUUACUUACUUUUCUACACUUUCAGCGCGAAGGUGAUGACGUAACAUUGAAGAAAGCACACGAAUAUACUAAAAAGAUCAAAAAGACUUCAAAAACAGUAUUAAUCCUUACGGGUAUUACAAUAUUUUACGUUAUGUUCGUACAGUUAUUAUCAACAGCUGGUGUUGGAUAUAAAAAACUAAUCCUUGAUGUCGCGUUUCCGGGUGUCGAUUUUUAUGAAAGUCCUUUAUGGGAGAUGAUGUCCAUUCUGCAAGGCUUAUGGACUGCGCCUAUUGUAAUCGUUUCGUAUGUCUCAUAUUUAUGUUUGACUUUAAUAGCCAUUGCGUUUGGCAUAUUCUUGAUGAAAAAUCUGCAGAGCAAACUGGAAGGUAUGAAUGAAAUGACGGACGAGGAAGCAUUGAAUUGUAUUAAGAAAUGCGUUAAGGAUCAUGUUAUGAUUAUAAAGUAUCACAGAGAUUUGGAAGUAUUAUUUUCGGUUAAUAGCUUUGCCGAUGUUUGCAUUUUCGCUGUAAUACCUUGUGUCAUAAUUAUUAUUUCAACCAUGGACCAUGAUAUGUCAAUGUUGAUUGGAGACAUUCAGCUGUCUAUUAUGGUCAUGAUUUCGACCUUCCUUGUCUUCUGGGUGGGUAAUAAUUUCUGUUACGAGAGUGCAAAUAUAGCUAAAGCGGCCUAUAACUGUAAUUGGGAAAACCGUAAUAAGGAAUUUCGCAAAUACAUUCCACUAAUUAUCAUUGCUAGUCAGAGGCCACUGCAGCUCACUGCUGGUGGUUUAAAACCGAUUAAUAUGGAGUUUUUCCUAACAAUGGUGCGCUGCACUUAUUCGCUCUUCACCGUUCUAUUUACAAUGAAGACCGAAGGCGAUUCUUAAAAUUGUACGCCUAAAAGUAAAAAAUAUAAGAAAUCUAGUAAAUCGAGUCGAAUUCAUGCUAGAACUUAGAUUAACAAUAUCAUGUAGAUGUCAGUUUAUGUAGAUGUGUUAAUAAAAUAUAAUGAACAAAAAACUAUAAUGUAAAAAAAAAUAACAGAGACAGAAAAUUUCAUUG